CUGACAUUAUUAGUAACCUCAAACUCUGUUUUCGACAUAUAAUAUUUUCAUAAAUAAACAAGACGAUUAUAAUUAACAAAUUUAUAUUUAAAUAAGUCUUUAUCGAUUUAUUACCAAGUGGAAAUAUAUAAAUCAAGUGCCAAACACAAUGGCGGUGUACGCAGCGCAUUUAACGCGCACUUUGCAAGGUACUCCUUCAAUAUUUCAAGUAACUGCCCAAGAGGCCCUGGGAACUACAGUUAAACCAGCUUUAAGGAAGCUAAUAGAGUAUUUAGCUGAAGUAUACCCGGACAAGUGUGGGUGGUGUGUGCCGUGGUAUGAUGAGUUGUACCUGCUGUUUGAUUGCUGUUUGCAGUACCACUACCUCAAACACUAUGCUGCAUCAUUCUCUGAGAGUUUCUACGGCCUUCUCAGAGUGCCAACAACAGUCAGCAGUGAAUUCAACCCUGGUAACCUGAGGUUACCAGAAAUGCUGGAGUAUGGCUCUGUGGCCUUGUUGGUACUAGUGCCAUAUAUUAAAGAUAAAAUGGAGAAGAUUGUAGACAGAUGGAGAGAGGAUGAUGAAGAUGGGAGAUUGGGGAAGAGUAAACCAGACCGCGCCCGCAAGGCAGCUAUCAAAAUAUACGCGAUAGUCCACUUGGUCGCGAAGUCGGCGCGGCUGGUGCAGGCCGCCAGGUACAUGACGGGCGCCACCCGGAGCCACUGCCCCGAGCUGGCGCUGCUCGGCGUGUCGCUGCGGGACGCGCCGCUCUUACACAGGGACACCUACACCUGGACGGGGUUCUUCAAGAACCUGCUCACGGGACAAUUUAGGGGCGCGGCGGUGUCGUUCCCGAUGGUAGGCGGCGCAGUGCUGCGCGGCGUGCAGUACGGCGCCUUCGUGGUGCAGCUGCUGCGCUGGUGGGACGCGCGCGCCGCCUCGCACGCCGCGCUGCAGCCGCCGCCCGCGCCGCAGCCCGAUGAACGCGCCGUAAGAUGGAAGAACAAGUGUCCAAUAUGCCUUCAGACCUGGAAGAUUCCCACCGUGCUGCCAGUCUCGGGCUACAUCUUCUGCUACGUGUGCAUCUCGCGGCACGUGCGCGCGCGGGCCACCUGCCCCGUGACGCGCUGCCCGGCCGCCGAGUCCUCGCUUGUGCGCCUCUACGUCGACUGAUCCCGUGCGGACUCGCUGCUCACUCCAUCCAUGGAUGACACAGUAUAGGGGGAAAAGCUGCUGUGGAAAUGGAACAUACACAAUUCGUUAACUGGAUAUUCGCGACGUCUUACAUAACUCAUACUCUGCUUACCAGUUUUACAUGACACAUCACUCAUAAUUCACUUGCCAUCCAUACAUGGUCCCACUCGGAAUUCACUUGCCACUCGUACAUGACACAUCACUCAUAAUUCACUUGCCACGCGUACAUGACACAUCACUCAUAAUUCACUUGCCACUCCUACAUGACACAUCACUCAUAAUUCACUUGCCACUCCUACAUGACACUUCACUCAUAAUUCACUUGCCACUCCUACAUGAUACAUCAUUCAUAAUUCACUUGCCAUCCAUACAUGGUACUACUCGGAAUUCACUUGCCACUCGUACAUGACACAUCACUCAUAAUUCACUUGCCACGCGUACAUGACACAUCACUCAUAAAUCAAUUGCUACUCCUACAUGACACAUCACUCAUAAUUCACUUGCCUCGCGUACAUGACACAUCACUCAUAAUUUACUUGCCACGCGUACAUGACACAUCAUUCAUAAUUCACUUGCCAUUCGUACAUAACACAUCACUCAUAAUUCACUUGCUACUCCUACAUGACACAUCACUCAUAAUUCACUUGCCAUCCAUACAUGGUACCACUCGGAAUUCACUUGCCACUCGUACAUGACACAUCACUCAUAAUUCACUUGCCACUCGUACAUGACACAUCACUCAUAAUUCACUUGCUACUCCUACAUGACACAUCACUCAUAAUUCACUUGCUACUCCUACAUGACACAUCACUCAUAAUUCACUUGCCACGCGUACAUGACACAUCACUCAGAAUUCACUUGCCACGCGUACAUGACACAUCAUUCAUAAUUCACUUGCCACUCGUACAUGACACAUCACUCAGAAUUCACUUGCCACGCGUACAUGACACAUCAUUCAUAAUUCACUUGCCACUCGUACAUGACACAUCACUCAUAAUUCACUUGCCACUCCUACAUAACACAUCACUCAUAAUUCACUUGCCACUCCUACAUGAUACAUCAUUCAUAAUUCACUUGCCAUCCAUACAUGGUACCACUCGGAAUUCACUUGCCACUCGUACAUGACACAUCACUCAUAAUUCACUUGCCACUCGUACAUGACACAUCACUCAUAAUUCACUUGCUACUCCUACAUGACACAUCACUCAUAAUUCACUUGCCACUCGUACAUGACACAUCACUCAUAAUUCACUUGCCACUCCUACAUGACACAUCACUCAUAAUUCACUUGCCACUCCUACAUGACACAUCACUCAUAAUUCACUUGCCACUCCUACAUGACACAUCACUCAUAAUUCACUUAACUAUAUAAAACAUAACACACAGAAUCCGUUACCUUAUGAUGGCUCAGAUCGUAUUCCACCAACAAAUGUACGAAGUUGUCUUAUUAUGUAAAAUCUUUAUUGUACAUAAUUUACAUUUAAUUCAUUCUUAAGUCAAACAAAGCCGGUAUUCAGCUUAAGUUAGAUCUGAAAAGGCAAGUUAUUUCAACACCUCUGUAGCUGAUCUUUUUUUUUUUUAAUUCACAUAAAGUUUCGUAAUAUCUUUUAUGAUAUUUCGUCAAAUUCAAAAUUAUGACUAUUUACUUUUUGGUGUAUAGGUUAGCGCUUUGUAUAAGGUACGUAUUAAAAUAUUGUGAAAAAGAUGUAUUGUGUGUUAAUAAGAAAGAAUGCAAUAAUACAUGUAUGUAUUUGAAGGUGCUUCACUUUAUAUUCAUUUAUGAGAGGGUAGAUGGCGCCUGCGUUUUGUUUAAUAAUGCUUUUAAGAGAGAUUAAAAAGUAUUGUAGCGACUCAUUCCGCUACCUCCUUUUAACCGCGCCAACAAUUUUUACGUUAAUAUAAUAUUAAGACCCUUUUUCGUUCCAGUGUAGUGACUAAGGACAUUUAUUGCAUUCAACCACUAACCUUGCUUGCAGAAAGAUUCUAAUCUUGCAGUUGAAAGACAGAACGAGACCAGUAAACAUCAAACGACAAUAACAUUUAAACAGUAUUUAAUAUUUUACAUUAAGUAGGAUUCGUAAAGACAGGAACAUAGAUGACAGGAACAUAAGAUAAACUGAAAUUCAAACGUCACAAUGUUUCUAAAUUAUACAAACGAAAAAGGGUCUUAAUAUUAUUAUAUUGAAAUAAAAAUUGUUGGCGCGGUUAAAAGGAGGUAACGGAAUGAGUCGCUACAAGUGUCAGUAAUGUAGCGUUAUGGAAAUGUACUCGAUCUAAGAAAUCUAAGUUUUGGAUUUAAAAGUGGUAUUUUUAAAUUGACGAAUAAUAAUUGAAAUGGUGAUGGUAAUUCUUAAUGUAAUUUGCAAUAUCAUUUGAAUAUUAUUGAAAUAUGUGAAAAGAAUAUAAAAAAAAAUUAUUUGGUUUUAAUAUGUAACUACCCUCUUAUUCAUAAAAAUGUCAAAUUUUAUUUUAGCUAUUGAAUUGUUGUCCUUUCUUUUGUGCUAAAAUCUCAAUUUGAAAGAAUCAAAACAGUGUAAUAUUAAUUUAUUUUAUUUAUAUAUUUAUUAUAUCAAAAUCCACAGCUCCUAAAAUAUAUAAUAUUUUAUUGUUAAUUUUUGUACUUGCAGUCAAUUACGGAUUUAUACUUUAUAAAAUAUUCUUUAUUAAGAAGUAAGCGUUCACAAAACUUGUAUUAUAUUGAAAUAGAUUUGUAGAAUGUUUUAGUUACGAAUAAGAGGGUAAAACUAGUACAUUAUACAUAUUUGCUAUCGAUAUGUGAUAAAUAAAUUAUUUAAAGGUAACUAAUAAGCCAAAAUAUUACAUUUUUCAAUGUAAUAUUAAAAUUGUCAUUCCUGGCAUACCUGCGCCUACAUAUGAUUGUGAUAAAACUAGAUUAUAGUGUUAUUUUAUAUAUAAAGGUUGUAUACUUAGAUUAUAUACAUAGAAAUAUAUAGAUUUGUAUGGAGACAUCCAUAGAAAUGUUUCGAGAAAAGUGGGUCAACUUUUUCAUACAAUUUUGCGUGAUAAAUAGUUAUGUGUGAUUCCUUUAUAACUUCUAUAUUUAUUUUGUCUUAUAAUUUCUGCAACUUUUUAAUGCGUAAACACUCAUUUUGUUUAUUACAUUUAAUACGUAAGUAUAUAUAGAACACUGAUAGAAAAACGAGUCAACUAAUUUGACAAUUAGCUGACAGAAAGUUGCCCCGUUUUUGAGACUCGAUGCUCUAUCUAUAUAAUCUAAGGUGGUAUUAUAUUUUGAAUAUUAAUAUUGUUAAUUAAUUUUAACGAAUUAUUAUAAGUACUCUAUGACCAUCGCACGAGGAACAGUAAAAUUGAGAAUAAUCUAUUUUUGAAGUCGGCUAAAAAUAAAUGUGUCAACGCCGACAAAAAAGGCCAUUUCACAAGACUUUAAAGGGUUUGUCACUAUUGUAUAUAUUUAUCCUUACACUGUGGUAUCGAACAGGUAUCUUUGUACUCUCAAUAAUUCUCUAACAGACUGUACUUAUUAUCAAAAAAUUAUCUAUAGGUAAAAGUGGCAUAUUUUUUCCCAUUUAUCCUUACUGGACACACAAUGGUAGUGACAAGGGAAAAAAAUUCCGCUCUUACAGUUGGUCGGGACAAGUGGAAUUGGCCAAGUGCACUGGGCCCAUAACAGUGUAAUACUUAAUAGUUCCAGUGCCUUUGUUAUUUUUACAUUGUUACAUAUUUAUACAUUGUUACAUU